GUGUUUAUGGAAUAAACCUGAUAGAAACGUAUGUAUUGUACAUGACGCACGGUAGCUAAGAAUGCGCGGGAAGGUGAACAAAGGAAGAGUCUUUAGCUGGGGGGAGGAGGAGGAGAAGGAGGGGGAGCUGGGAGUUGUCCGCCAAGUGAGCCGUUCAGAAGGGCGGAGCUAUAAUUUGAAUAUCGGAGUCUAGAUAAGCCGGUGCCGGGCGCUCCUCCUCAUUCUUCAGUUUUAUUCGAAGAGAAGAAAAUCAUGCCUGAACCCGCCAAGUCCGCCCCGAAGAAGGGCUCCAAGAAAGCCGUGACCAAGACGGCUGGUAAGGGAGGCAAGAAGCGCAGAAAGUCCAGGAAGGAGAGCUACGCUAUCUACGUGUACAAGGUGCUGAAGCAGGUCCACCCCGACACCGGCAUUUCCUCCAAGGCGAUGGGCAUCAUGAACUCGUUCGUCAACGACAUCUUCGAGCGCAUCGCCGGUGAGUCGUCCCGUUUGGCUCAUUACAACAAACGCUCCACCAUCACGUCCAGGGAGAUCCAGACCGCCGUGCGCCUGCUUCUUCCCGGUGAGCUGGCCAAGCACGCCGUGUCCGAGGGCACCAAGGCCGUCACCAAGUACACCAGCUCCAAGUAAGAAGUGACGGAGACUUCAUUAAACCCAACGGCUCUUUUAAG